ACAUACAAAAAGAAGCAAGACUUCAAGAAGCUGAUAGUUGCUGGCUGGCUUUUGUGAGUUUGCGUAACUGUGUAGCUGUCUUGUAUUGGGGAUUCUUAAGUGCUGAGCAGUCCAGAAGCACCACUCUAAUUGCAGUGCAGACUGGUCUGCUGAGGGAGAUCAUCACUCACCAGUGCAGGGUAGCCCUGGAUGCUCUGGUCUAGCUGGGGGUUACAGUGAGGGAAAGCAGGUGUAGGUUUGCCAUGCAGGACCUUUCUACUUACAUUGACCUAAUUACAAAAUUGAACCCUUAAAGGAAAAAUGCUAUAAGCUCCCCAUCCUGGCACUUCCUGCCUUAUAAGACUCUCCUGUGCUGUGUUUCUAGAAGACAUGGCUUGUACCUCAUAAUACAGUCUAGGCUGGAGGGUACAGUGGUUUGUGUUGGGUAGUAGCCCAGCAAGCCCUCUGCCCAGCACCAAAAACAAGAGAAAAGGAGUGUUCUGGGGAGGAAAGGAGGAAGGGAGGUUUUCUUACACAUGCUUCCUUCAGAGCUUUGUUGCUGAGUUUUAUUGCUGAAGGACAGGACUGUUGGCAGGUUCUGAAUUUCAUUCAUCUGCCUUCCCUGGGUGAAUACAGAGUCAGCUGUGGAGGGAUGAGUUUCUUGACAGUGUGGGGGAUUAAAAUCUCUGCUUGUGUAUGUCAGGAAUAUUAGUAGGUCAUACAGGUAUAGCAUUUCCCAUAGGUGGGUUCAAGUGAUUUUCCUCUGGUUCUGGUGAAAGGCUGCUCUCUCCUGCAAGUGAAGCGAGUCCACGUGAACUGUGGCAAUCCUUGCUCCUCCCAUCGCAUCCUGCCACAUCGUGUACAUCUGAGAGAGCUGAAAGGGGCACAGAGCUGCUGUGCAGGAGUGGAAUUUCUGCGUUGGAGAUCGAGCACGCCGUGCGGUUUGGCGGAGAUGAGAUAAACGCUACACACGCCUGUCUGCCUGGGGUGCUGUGACUGUUUCUUUGUUCCAGUUGAUGCUGGGGGCUGCUGCAGUAUUGUUCUAACACAUCACUGAAAUAACUGAAAAGGAAGAUCAAGCAGAUAUGGGUGAUGUAACAGAAAAUGCAGAAUAUGAGGAUGAUUUUGAAAAAGACCUGGAAUGCCUAACUGAUGAAGAAGAAAAAAAGAAUCCUGGAAAAAAGGAAGAGGAUGUUGAAGCACAAAUUCAUAAAGCUGCAUACAGCUCUCAGGAAGACAAUGAGGAAGUGGAAGAAAGUCUAGAUCAGCUUUCAGAGGCAGAUGUAAAUGUGAAAAUGAUAUAUGCUAAUGAAAAAUAUUUUCCUGAGGCAAGUAUUGAACAAAAGGGCCAUGAAUCUGAUGAGAGAGAAAGCUUUAUCCAGGAAUGUAAGCUGGAAAAUGAGCAGGAACUGGAAGAGGAUGAAGAUAUGAAGCGUUAUGUCUUGGAAAAGAUUGAAGAAGCCAACAAAAACCUGGAAAAUCAGACUCCUGUGGAUCAAAACAGGGAAAGGAAAUUAAAAUUUAAAGAUGAGAUGGAUAUUAAAGCUCCUCCUCCAAAAGAUGCUGACCUUGCAAGAGGAGAUGAUGUUUCAAUUGGGCUGUCUCAGCUGCAUAUUUCUGAUGACACAGGACAGAAACACACACUUUCAGAAGAUAUUGAAACUCAACAUACAGCUCCAAAAUCUUCGCUCCCCACUGACCCUUCACCUCCUUCUGACUCUAAGCAACCUCCAGAUUCUGCUUCAAAUGGUGCAAAAGACCUGGGAAAACAGAAGACUGAGUCUGCAAGCACAGCCACAAAAACCUCCACUUACACUCUUACUCCCAAACAAAAAGAACUAAGGAAGCAGAUAGAAAUAAGGAAUGAAAUACUGAGGAGAGAGGAAGAAGACAGGAAAAGGGAACUAGAAGAAAUGAGGAGAAGAGAGAAUGAAAUAGUUUAUAAAGCUUGGUUACAGAAGAAGAAAGUACAGUUAAAAGAAGAAAAGCGAAUUCGUCGUGCAAAGCAGCUGGAAGAGCUGAGGAUGAAAGACGUGAACAGGGAUCCAGAAGAAGCCUACAGGUUAUGGCUUAAAAAAAAGCACCAACAAUAUAUGAAAGAAAAACGGAUAGAAUUUUUGAGACGCCAAACUGAGGAAGUGGCCUUUGUACCAAGGGCAGAGGAAUGCAACAGAGCAUUUAGAGACUGGCUGAGGAGGAAGAAAGAAGAGAAACAAGAAGCAGAACUUGCUGCUAAAGAGAGAGGCAGGCUGUUUAAAUUAGAAGCCAGAAGAGCAAGACAGAUGCGGAGUAUGCACUAUAUUAAUUCAGAGGCAAAAUUAUUUUGCUUCACAGAUCAUUACAGUUAAAAAUUUGAUGUAGACACAGAGUUCUUGGUGACAAUCUUCUGAAUUUUUAUGGCUUGUUUUUGUCCUUUCCAGCUACUGACUUUUUGUGGUGUUUUUGAAGCUUACAAUCAAGUUUAACAAUUACCUUCAGUGACAAUGAUUUUACUAUCUAUUUAUUUGUAAUUUAGUUGAAAAGCCUGCUUUAAUCUAUAACUCAGGGAUCUUCUCGAUUUAACCAAACCUAAAUGAGUGCAAGAUGUACGUAUGAGGGUGGCAAAUACACAUUCCCUUCUUAAAGGCACUUUAUACUCAGCUCCAUCAUGGAUUCCUGGAUGCAGGCUACUCUGUAAAAUGUUGAAUUUUUUGUGGAUUAAUAUUGCUGUUUGAUGCUGCUAGUGAUUAAGACUGUGCAAGGUGCUAUGUUGUUGGAAAAUGAUGUUUAUUAUACCUAUUGAUCUGUUGACCAGCUCUAGACCAGAAGACUGUGUUCUUUUAGGUUCCUGGAAAGGGUCAUUGAAGACUAAUGUAUAGGUGAUUGUGCAACAAGUUUUGAAACUUAUUUCUGUGAGUCAUAUUGAGUAGUUUUCUAUUUCAUGGAAUUAAAAGCUUGUGCAAAUGAUGACCUUUUCUGCUACUAAGGAAGCCAGGUUCCUUAUAUAAAUGUCAAUGCUUAUUAUAAUAAAUCUACCAAACUACA